AUGUCCCUCUCUCCCACCAAACCCACCCUCUCGCGCCAACCAUCCUCCCCAUCACUCGCUCUCGGCCUGCCCCCGGCAUUCCCAGAGAACAACAUCAUGGCUCCGUCCACAUCCCCUUCCAAGAUGCCCCGUACCAAGUCCAAGCACAAGAUCCACCGGGGAGACGUCGAAUCAACAGACAGCAGCGACUUUGAAGAAACGCCGAAGCAAUCGGGAAAGGAUACACCGAAGAGAAAAGUCGUCAAUAGUGUAGAGCCAACGCCGGCGACUGGGCAGUCAAAGAAACGAGGCACCUUGGCAGAAAGGCUGGCAGCAGCUGCUGUCAACAAGCCCAAGGUCAAGUCUAGCUCCAGCGUUAACGGCGGUCUCAAGGCAUCUAGCAGUGCUACACAGCUGAGCGCUUCGAGUACUUCGUCGAUGGUGCAAACACCACCAAUGCAGGCUAGGACCUCCUUGAUCCCUAGCACCGUGCCCGUGAAGAGGACUGCCGGUCCAUCCAUCGGUGGCAACCCCUCUGACAAAGUCGUUGUUUGUGUCAGAAUCAAACCAACGCAAAGCCCAUUCGCAACAAUGGCCUAUGACAUGACAUCAACAUCCCUCACACUUUCGGAUGACCAUCCCAAAGUGAAACAACGAGGUGGAAAAGCUGGACGAGAAGAUACAUACAAUUAUACAUUUGACAAAUUGCUGCAACAUCCUUCCACCACACCCGAGCUGUACAAUGCCAAGAUCUCUCCCUUGGUCGACAAGGCUAUGAGCGGGUUCAACAGUACCGUAUUUGCCUAUGGCCAGACUGGAAGUGGUAAAUCUUUCACAAUGACCGGUAUACCGACUGAGCUCGGUAUCAUCCCCUGUGCAGUGGAUGGUGUUUUCGACGCCAUCACAGCCGACACCGAUCGCGCCUUCCUCCUUCGUGUGUCCUACGUUGAAAUCUACAACGAGACCCUUCGCGAUCUUCUCAACUUUAAGAAGGGCCCUUUGAAAGACGACGAGAAGCCUGUUAUCCAUACGCAAAAGGGGAAGGUGUAUGUGGAACCUCUGGUGGAGGAGAUCGUUUCGACGCCGGAGGAUGUCAUGGAGUUGUUGGAGAAGGGGAAUGCGCAGAGGCGGAUUGGAGCGACCGAUUGGAAUGAGCGAUCUUCCCGAUCUCACUGUGUGUUCACAAUAGUCAUCGAGUCGAAGCCAAGAGAUAAAGAUGGUGAUGAGGACAUUAGGCUUUCUCGUUUGAACUUGAUUGAUCUGGCUGGUUCCGAAAAAGCGGUGUCUGACUCUGAGAGGAGAGGUGAAGGAAAGCAUAUCAACCAGAGUCUGCUGGCUCUGCGGGAGGUUAUCAACAAGUUGACAGAGAAACAAAAGGCCUCGCAUAUCCCGUAUCGUAAUUCCAAGCUCACUCACCUUCUGGAAAACGCUCUUGGAGGAGACUCUAAUAUUUGUGUCAUCUGCACCAUGUCCGCUGAGGAGGAGCAUUGCGGUGAAACGCUUGAAACUUUGAAGUUUGCUGGGCGAUGCUCUCAAGUAAAGACACAUGCCAAGAAAAACAUUCUUCCAGCUUCCGAGCAAGCAAUGAUCAGAGCAAAGGAUCAGGAGAUUGAAGAGCUCCGAGCGAGGCUGCUCGGGCUGACAGGAGACAGUGCGCCUCCCAAAGCUGGACCUGACGCUGAUCAAAUCACCGAUCUGGCCGACUCGGUAGCCGCUAUGGAAGCCCGAAAAGCCAAGCUCACUGCCCAACUCGCCAAACUCAACGGCGAAAUCUUGACUUCCGAGCUCCCUCGUCACUCUGCAAGCUCUUUCAAUUUUCCCCAGACUCCGGCCAAGCCCAAGCGACGGCGCAUUAGCGAUUUCUCUGCAAUCAUGUCCUCUGGGGGCGAUCGUAUGGGGUUGGGGAUGGGAACGCCCAAGAAGGCGGCCGAUAGACGGGCUGUCAGUAAUUUGGUUGGUGUGAAGGAAGAGAGUGAGACGUCGGCGACGUCGGGAACCCUGGAUUCGGUCCACGAAGGAUCAAUCAAGAAUUUUGAGCACGACAUCGCCCUUGCUACUCUUCGCAAGAACCUGGCCCAUAAAGAAGAAGAACUCGUUCUCGCCAAUCGCAACCUUGCAUCUGCUCUGUCCCGCGCCUCCCAGCUGUCUGAAAGGGAUGAACGUGUGGCAGCUCUUACUGCUGAGCUCUCCACCGCCCUUCGACAACUUUCCGAGCUUCAAAGCACCCUCCAGAGCACCGAGUCCGACCUCCGCGACCAAAACGCACAGCUCGAGUCCGCCCGGGAUGACCUUGUUUCCAACGGCGAAGACAAGUCUUCAAAGAUCGACGAGCUAGAGAACAAGGUGCUGGAGCUUCGGAAGAGUCGUGAAGAGAUGGCUAUUGAAGAUGAGAGCAGACUGCAAGAGGUGCAGAAAGAGCUGGCAGGUGUUGCCAAGGAGAAAGCAGAGAUGCAGGCCAGGGUUGAGCUGCUUGAGAAGGAAGCUGUGGCUAGAAAAGGGGCAGAAGAGGGACAGAAAGCUGCAGAAGAGGAAGUGCAGAGGAUCCAAUCCGAGCUCGACAGUCUUCGCGAAAGCCACUCUCAAGCUCAGUCUUCAGCGGCCUCCUUGUCCUCGAAAGCGAUCGAACACGAAACAACCAUCUCCACUUUGACUUCCCAGAUCACCGACCUCCUCGCUGCCCAAGCCAGCCGCGAAACCGCCCUGAAUGCCCUCAAAUCAGAGCAUGUCGAAAUCACGAAAAAGCGAGACCAAGCCGUUGAGGACUUGGACAGCUUCCAGAGACAGGCCAUGGCGAAUGAGACCAAGGUGCUCAGCGAGCUGAGGGAAGAGAUUGGAAAGCUGCGAAAGCUGCGGGAGGACGACAAGGUUGAGUGGGAGAAGCAGAAAGCAGAGCUGGUGGCCGGAUUUGCAGAGCUGAAGGAGCGUGAAGACAAGUCCAAGGCUCAACUUGCAGAAGCUCUCCAGACUCUCGAGUCCGCUGCUGCCGCGAACAAGAAGCUCGAGAGUAAGGUCGCCAAGGUAGUCGAAGCAAAGAGUGCAGCCGAGAAGGAGAGGGAUCAUGCUGUGGAUAACCUCAAAGAAGCUUCAGGCGGGGCCAAGAUCCAGCUUGAGCAAGAGAUCGAGUCUCGUCGAUCACUCGAAGCGCAGCUCUCUAGCCUUCAGCAGCAGCUCGACGCCCAGCGUGCUACCAUCGAAAAAGUGUCUCAAGAUUUACAGUCUGAGUGCGAAUCUGCUAAAGAGUUAUCCGAGAAGCUCGCGACCGCCCACGCCGACAUGGAAACUCAGGAAGCGAGGAUCGAGAAGGCUGUCGAUGAGCGGAAAGACAUCGAAGCCCGCUUAGGUGAAAUGGAAUCUGCUCUGGAAGCCGGGGAGGAGGAAUGGAAAGCGCGAAUCGACAAGGAAAGCGCCAAGAGGUCUGAGGUUGAGGAAAAGCUUGUCGAGCUCGAGAAGAUGCGACAGGCUGGUACCGCUACCGAGAAGGAACUUCAGGACCGCCUCGACUCUGAAAUAGCUGCCAGAGAGAGGCUAGUCCAGGAAAUCGAUGACCUCAAGAAAAUGAACGACUCUGCCCAGGCCAGCCUGCGCGAACAACUAUCUGCUGGGGAGACCAAUCGCCUAGAGCUCGAGAAGAAGCUCGCCGAGCAAGAAAGAGUAGAGGGCACAGCGCUUGCAGACCUUUCGAAAAAGCUUGAAUCCCAUGCUACUUCCGAGAAGGAGCUCAUCGAAAAGCUUUCGUCUCUACAAGCGCAGCUUUCUGCCGACCAGACCGUCACUGACGAUCUUCGCAAGAAGCUUGAAAUUGAGGUCACGGCCAAGAGAGUUGCGGAGAAGAAGGUGGUCGAAUUGGGACGUCAGAAAGAGACUUCCUCCGCCGCAGAAACCGACUUGCAAAAACAGCUGGAACAUGCUGAGAGAAGGCGCAAAGAGGCCGAAACAAAGGCGGCCGGGGUGGAGAAGGAGCGCGAGGUUGAACUCGCUGGGCUUCGGGCCCAGCUCGACGCUGAGAAAGCCUCCAGAGCCGACGUCGAAAGGAAAUUGUCCGAGGCGGCCGAGCAACAUGUCCUCAAGCUUUCCGCUGAUGGCGAGAUCCGUUCGUUGCUGGACAAGGAGACUUCCGCUCGCAAGGAUGCCGACAGCAAGCUCGCCGACCUGGCCAAGAAGCUUGAAUCCUCCUCAUCAGCCGAGAAGGAGAUCCAGCACAAGCUAGAUGUCGAGUCUGCAUCCCGUCAAGCUGCUGAGAAGCAGUUGGUGGAACUUGCGUCAAAGCUCGAGUCUGUCUCAUCGAACGAGGCGGAGCUGGCAGCACGUCUUGACAAAGAGACGGCUUCCAAGCAAGCUGCUGAAAAGAGACUCGCGGAUGUUCAAAAGGGUGUCGAGACCAAGCAAGCAAGCGUUCUGGCUGAUAUGAAGAAGGAGAUUGCCUCUCUACAGCAGUCUCUUCUCAAAGCUCAAUCGGACGCCCAGUCUUCGAGAGACGAGGCCUCUGCUCACCGCGAAAAGGCCACCAAGCUCGCCAAGAACGUUGUGGAGCUCGAAGCUCGUCAGAAGGAUGAGAUCAGCAUGACCGCUUCUUCUUCUGUUUCUGCUCGUCUCCGCACCCUCUCUACCCCAGGUCCCUGGGCGAAGGACGGCGAUAUGAGUGGGCCAGGGUCGAAGGGAAUGAAGUCUAGAGGCCUGAAGGGAACGACCACCGGCAUGGGAAUCGGUGAGCGGGAAAGCUCCAUGGGAAUCAUGCGAGCCAGGGAUCAGGACGAGAUCGAGAGGCUGGAGAAGAUUAUUGAGGUGCAGAAGGAGAUCAUAGAUGAGCAGAGGGAGAAGAUUGAGCGGUGGUCCAAAGAGAUGGAAAAGCAGAGAGAGAUUGUUAGACUGCUUACCAAUGACCAUUCUAACACCACCUAUUCUCCUUCUCCGCGAGUACCCUCGAGGACCCACGCUAAAGCGCAUUCCAUCUCCCACUCUCCAAACGAGUCUCCUGCCGGCAGUACACCCGCCAAAGCCAUUCCUUCCACCUUUACGGCUCGCAACCUUGCCUUGCCUAGCACUCCUUUGCCAGGGACACCUACGCCUCUCCCCAUGCACCCCAGUCAAUUCAACAACGCGACUGCGAGGAAGGGAAGGAGAGUGACUAUUGACCACGAUAUGGAUCUCCUGACUGAAACCAGCAAAGUCAACAAGGCCAAGCUGCUUUUCGAAUCUCCAGAAAAGAACGGCAAGGCAUUGCCCUCUACUCCGGUUCGAGAGCCCCGGGAAUCACUUCGCGUCAAUCAAGCGGCGUGGUCCAUUCCCAGACAACGCCGCCCAUAGACGUGCGAGCUAUUCUUUCAUUUUCUUUAGUGGGACCUGUUCCAAUCUCUUGUCUAUAAUGUUGAGGCUUUGUGUUCAAGCAUAUAUGUUUAUAGUCCGUGACUGAUAACUUGUAUAUAUAAUGAUUUCCUACCAUAGACCUUCGCCCCA